AUGGUAUACGUGGACGGGGAGCUCCGAGAGAGGGUUUAUGCUGUGAGCGAAGCUCCUGGGUCAGACAAAGACAAAGAUGAAGGCAAAGAUGAAGUUGCUACAAAAGAGAAUCAUGAAAAUCAUUUUCGCUCCAAGGGGAACCAGAUUGGUGCACACUAUACGAUAUCACGAGAUUGCACCGCGGGAAGGGAGGCGCAUUGCAUCGAAAUGCUUACUGAACUGGCAACAAGGAACUUGGGUCAGUCAAGCCUCAGCCAUGAAGAUCUAAGAACACUACAGGCCCGUGGGCUUUCCCUUCGUGACAACCUCAGCCCUGCUCAGCAUACGUUUGGCAUGGAAGCAGAUACCAGAGGACGUGAAAAGGCGGAAGAGCGCAAGUCAGUACAACCCAGUACCCGAUUCUCGCAUCCCGCACCACCUAUUCUAGGGCUUGGUGUCUCUAAACUGGCUGAUAUGAAACAUUUGAGUCAUUCUGAUCUUGACAACGCGCAGCAAUCCUCCAGCCGAGGGUAUGAUACGUAUCAAGAUAAGGAUAGCAACACGGCUAGAGAACAGACCCUGUUGGAUGGUAUCCACUUCAGAAGUUUGCACUAUAGGCAGGCAGAUAUUGAUUUGAUGUCGCCUCCGUUGAUGAAAAAUCGAAAGCAGGUUGAGGGUAAGAACGGCCUUAUGGAAGUUUCACCACAUAUUAUGUUGCGUCCCAAGGCAGAGGGCGCCUUUGCCAGGGAUCAGCCGCUUGAAUUCAACAAGAAAUCCCCCGGCAUCUGA